GAUCUUCACUUGACUUUAUCUAUUGCGGCUGCACAUAGUGCUCAUACCUUCAUACUUACUUUAUAUCUAAGUAACCCCAUAAAAAAAGGUCUAUCUGGUUAAUCUUGAUUCCUGGCUGAACUUUUUUUCUCUUCAGUAUGGCUACAAAAAAAUUCGCCGGCCCAUCUCCCUACCAUCUGAAACCAUCGUACCCUGAGCAAGAUUAUCACUAUACUGAGUAUAUAAAUAAUGUAACAACUAACCAUAAAACGAAGACUCAUCACAAACCGGUGGUGGGCGCCAUGUUCGGUCUAGGCCGCGCCGGCUCCAUCCACCUGGCCUCCAUCAUCAACAACCCUCGCAUAAUGCUGAAGUAUAUCAUCGACGAUCAAACGUCCAAGUUCACAGACUUGAAGAAGUACUGGAAUUUAUCCGAUGACGUCAUCUUCCUCACUUCCAAGGAAGCCGACAAAGUAUACAAAGAUAAAAUGGUUAAUGUAAUAUUUAUUGGAUCUCCUACCCACACACACCACGACAUCGUAGUGAAGUCUAUCGCUGCAAACAAGGACGUCUUUUGUGAGAAACCGAUUGCUGAGAAUAUGGAAGACACAAAGAAAUGUUAUGAAGCUGCCAAGACCAAAGGCCGAGCGUUGUUUGCCGCGUUCAACCGGCGCUUCGAUCCCGCGUACAGGAGCCUGAAGGACCGCGUGAGGAAGGGCGAAGUCGGACACAUCCAGAUCUUGAAGGUUACUUCCAGAGACUCACCGUUACCCUCUAUUGAAUACUUAAAGGCGUCGGGCGGAAUCUUCCACGAUUGUUUAGUGCACGAUUUCGAUAUGUCGUGUUGGGUGCUGGGCGAGUUGCCAACGCGCGUGCAGGCGUCGGCGUCUGCGCUUAUCCCCGAGAUCAAAGCCAUCGACGACUUCGACACCGUCGCCUUCCUACUCACCUUUCCCUCCGGUGCCAUCGUCCUCGGAGACAAUAGCCGCUACUCCGCCUAUGGUUACGAUCAGAGACUCGAAGUUUUUGGCAAUAAAGGAAUGCUCAAAGUAGAAAACGAGAAGCCGCGUCCUUCCCUGGAGAGCUACAUCGGGCACGAGGGGAUCAACACUGCGCCCAUCUACUACUCCUUCCCGUCACGUUUUAAAACGGCAUACAGAGCGGAGCUGGAGCAUUUCCUGGACGUUGUGCAAGAGGGUGUUCCGAUGGAGGUGGGCAGCUGGCAGUGCCUGGCUGUGAGCAAGAUAGCGACCGCGGUGGAAGAGAGUGUGCGCACAAGAAAGGCCGUAGACAUCGACUGGAGCAAAGAUGACAUCCCCAAUACAUACUCCUAAAAAAAUAUAAAAUAAUGUAUUUUGUCAUAUUACUUUUUUAAAUGUUUUUAAUAUUUUAAAUGUUGAAAUAAAAAUUAA